CAGCACAGUUCGUUAACAGUCCUAGUCGCGAUUCUAGGAGGUUAAACCCACUGAGCGUGUGUCUAGUUUCAAAACAAAUAUAAUAACAUUUAAUUACCCUUUUUAUUCUUUAAUAUUUGUUUAUUUUGUCGUUGUCUGCAAUAUUGUAUCAAAAAAAGGAUAUUGUGUGUACCGUAUUAUUAACAACAACAGCAAUAAUUGUGAUCGUUUAAGAACUAAAGUGUGAUUUUAUUUUUUUUUUCAACAAAUAAUUUUUUAAAACUUAAACAAAAUGAAACCAUUUUUAAUUGUGUGUGCCUUGUUGGUUGCAACAUGUUCGGCUUCAUAUCAUGGCGCCGUCUCGACACAAUAUGCCCAUUUAGAUCCUCAUAGCCACAGCUAUUCGUAUGGUUAUGCAGAUCCCAAUUCACAGAAACAUGAAACUCGUUCGCAUGAUGGUGUCACGCAUGGUAGUUAUUCGUACAUUGAUGGUUAUGGCCAUAAACAAACUGUUUCAUAUACCGCCGAUCCUCAUCAUGGUUUCCAUGCUGUUGGUACCAAUCUGCCCAAGGGACCCGCUCCUGCUCUAGGUCAUGCUGUUGCUGCUUAUGAUGGUGGUCAUGGUUAUGCUUCGGGUCAUGCUUAUCAUGGUCCUCAAGCCCAUAUUACUUUGACCCAUGAAGGUGUGCCUCAUGAUACACCCGAAGUAGCUCAUGCCAAGGCUGCACAUGCUGCUGCUCAUGCUGCCGCUGCUGCUGCUGCCUACGAUCAUGGCGGCCAUGGUGGUCAUCAUUUGUAUAAACGUUCCUUGUGGGGUCAUGGUGCCUAUGCCCAUCAAGCUGUUGCUCCUAUUGUCUUGACUCAUGGUGGUGUGCCAGUCGAUACUCCCGAAGUACAACACGCCAAAGCUGCCCAUUAUGCUGCCCAUGCUAAGGCCUUAGGUGCUGCUGGUCAUGGCCAUGGUGCCCCCUUGGAUACACCCGAAGUUGCUCAUGCUAAAGCUGCCCACUUUGCCGCUCAUGCUGCUGCCAGUCAUGGCGGUCCUUCUCAUGCUAUUGCUGCUCAUGGCUAUCAUGUACCUGUCAUCCACAAUGGUGUUCCCGUAGAUACUCCCGAAGUACAACAUGCUAAAGCUGCCCACUUUGCUGCUCUUGCCAAGGCCUCCGCAUCUGCUGUUCAUUCGGGUGGUGAUGAUGGUAGCUGGGAUGGUGGUCACCUUGGUGGUGGACAUGGUGGUCCUCCCACCCACUAUGCCACUUCUGCCCAUCAUGUCCAUGGUGGUCCCUAUCACGGACCCCUUCACAUUCCAGUCAUUCACAAUGGUGUGCCAGUAGAACCUGCCGAGGUACAACAUGCCCGUGCUGCUCAUUUAUCUGCCUUGGCCGCUGAAAGCCAUAAAUCUGCUGGUGGUUACUACGGUGGUGGUAAAUGGUAAAUUCGAAAAAAAAUCUUAAAAAUAAAUUUUCUAUACUUUUCGGAAGAGGUGAUAAACAAAACGGAACUGAUUUAACAACAUGAAGUUGAAAUGAAAAUGGAUAUUGUUAAUAUUUUAUACAAGAAAAAAAUAAUUUUUUUAGAUGUUUAAGUUGAAAAACUUUGAAGAGUAACUUUCUAUAACUUUCUAUUUCUAAACUCAAUGUAGAAUUCUCUUUUCUUUCUAAUUUUCUCCAACUAUCCCAUUUCUUAUGAUUUCCUAGAAACUUUACACGCGCUCUUUUAACUUUUCAAAGAUUACUGGAGAUGAUCCGAAAAGAUUUUGCCGGUAAUACUUAACUAUUCUCCUUAACUUUACUCUAUAAUCUUUCAAAGAAACUCAAUAGUCUCCAUAAACUUACUUAAACUGUUGUAAAACUCAACACUGCCCUUAGACUUUAACCACCUUUAACUAGUGUAUCUUUAUCUCUCUAAGUUUAACUUUACUCUUUCCUUAUCUCUCUAUUUUACUCUUUUCAAAUGAGUUUCUUUAUUUAAGUUAUUUGUAUCUCUUUAACUUUCUUAAAUAUCUUUCCCACAAUACUUAUCUUUUUCGAUCUUUUUAGAUCCUUUGUUUUUUACUCUCUCUCUAAGUCUUUUAACUUUACUCUUUGACCAUCUAAGGACCCCCCUCCUUUACACAUACACACUUAAUCUCACUCACUCUUAUUCUAAUACUAAUUAACUUGAUUUAUGUAGCCAACGAUUUUGCCAAUGCCCUGAAUUUGAUUUAAACUCUCUUUUUUAUAUUAUAACUCAUUUAUUACUAUUACCCUAAAUGUUAUUUAAAGUCUUAGAGAGAAAAGGGAGCUAAUUUCCUUUUUCCCACACAAGACAACAAUUGUUUAAGCUAAAUAAUGAAUUUAUUUCUUUUUUACAAUUUUUUUUAUCUCUCUGUGAAUAAUUUUAAAGCAUAUUAAUUAUUUAAAAAUAGAUGUUGUAAAUACUAUUGUAAAAUAUAUAAAAAAACAAAAAAAAAAAAAACAAACGAAUUAUAAUUAUAAAUAUUGUUAUCGUAAUUGAAACAUAUUGAAAAACUGCAUGCAAAGACAAAUAAACUGAUACAAAAAGUAUUUAAAAAAAUAUAAAA